AUGCGUCUCAUCCUCGUCCGCCAUGGCGAGUCAGUCGACAACGUGGCUGGUCUCUAUGCUGGUUCUCGCGACUCUGCCCUGACUGCCCAUGGCGUUCUCCAGACACAGCGACUGGGUGCCCACAUUGCUGCGAUGCCGUCGGCGAUUGGCUCGUCGGCUGAUACCAUUGUCAUCACGCACAUCUUUUCGUCGGAUCUUCAGCGCGCAUUUGCAACGGCCUCGGCCAUCCUCAACGCCCAGAAGAAGCGAGGCGGGAGCGAGGCGUGCGCGGCGAUGGACGUGGUCAAGUCGGUCGACUUGCGCGAGCGAGACUUUCGUUCGGGCGAGGGCGUCCGAUUUGGGGCACCGGCUGCUGGUGACAUUGAUGGAGGCCGAAAUGCCUUUGCCGAUGCCGAGUCACGGGACGAAAUGCGCGUGCGUGCAGAGCGGUUUAUCGACACGCACCUGCAUCCUCUUCUGGAUGCUGGUGCAGAGGGCCCACUCAAGGUUGUUGAUCGUCGACGGGCCAUCGUGGUUGUGGCACACGGUCUUAUCCUGAACGUGGCCCUGUCGUCGUUGCUACAGUAUUACGCGCCGUUGGAGCUUGCACGCUUGUUGCCACCGUCCCUGGCUGUCGGUGGUAGUGACGCAGCACAGCGAAGACGAUUAGAACUGCGUGUUCCGUGGAGCAAUACGGGGUAUCUCGUUCUGUCUGUGACCAAGAGGAAGGCCGAGGAGACGGAGGACGAAAAGAACGGGGAUACCGCUCGACAUGCUGAUGGUAUCCGACUGCAAGUUACGAAAGUAAACUGUGUGGAGCACCUUGACGGGCUGAAAAAAACCCGUGGUGGCAUUGGCAGUGCUCGGUUUGACCCGAAGCAGAAGACGAUGGACGCCUUCUUUGGCCCUUCUGCCAAGAAGCGGAAGCGAGGGGAUGGUGCGUGA